AAUUAUAAAUUUUAUCAUAUAAUUUAUAAAUGGAUAUUCUAUCUAGAUCACAUUCAAGCAUUUUAUCACACACCUAACAACUGUAAACGUGCUGGAUUAUUUCUUUAGGCGAAUGUUUGCUCGUUCGCGAAUCUGUAUAAAUUAAUAAUUCUAAUUAUUGCAAAAAUCGUAAAAUGAUAUAAGACUUUUCUAUUCAUAUUUUUCUAUUUCAAUAUAAUUCGCUUUACUCGCCCACGAGAGAUGAUACAAUUAUUAGCGGACACCCUGUAUAUAUCUUAGACAUAUUUCAUAUUUGAAAAUUGCAUUUAAAAUUAUACGAAAGUUGCAUAUAUAAGAGAUAAGAAUAUACAUCGCAGUUACUUAGCAACGUUCUUACAAAACAACUCCACUCUAAAUGUCAAGCUAGUGAAGCUAGCCGAUUUGUACAUGGUCAGCUGAUAUGAUACUAUAAGUUUUCUAAUCAUAUUAUUAUCAUUAUUAUACUCGUGCGUUACAUUUUGCAAUAAUCUUUGAAGAGAUUAGUUCUAAUCUAUAAAUCUUUUUAAGCCUGACAAUAAUAAAACGAUGGGUCCUAAAAAAGUGAAAGGCAAAGCAACAGACAUUGUCGAUGGAGUUGAUACAACAAAAAUGAAUAGGGAACAAUUGGAGAUAUAUGCUCAUAAAAUACUGGAAGAGAUGGAACGUGAGCGAGAGGAAAGAAAUUUUUUUCAACUAGAGAGAGACAAAUUGCGAACAUUUUGGGAAAUUACGAGACAUCAACUAGAUGAAGCACGCGCUACAAUCAGAAAUAAAGAACGUGAAAAAGAGGAAUUGACAGAGAAACAUGAGGCUGAACUUAAAUUAUAUAAGCAAAAAGUGAAACAUUUAAUGUACGAACAUCAAACUAAUUUAUCUGAGACCAAGGCCGAGCACUUGGUUGCUCUUAAACUUGCACAAGACGACCAUGUUACGCAAGAAAAUGAACUCAUUAAAGAUAAAACAGAGCUCAAGAAAACGCAGAAAGAACAAGAAUUCGCACACAUGAAUGAAAUCCGUGCACUGAAACUACAAAAUUCGGAGGAAAUGAACAAUAUGAUGAAAAAAUUCGAGUCUGAAGCGAUAGAAUUGGAGCAAAAAUACGAACAAAAACUAACCAGUCAAUAUGAGUCUCUAAUAUUAAAGCAUCGCAUGGAGAUAACUGAAGUAGAAGAAAGAAAAAACGCACAAAUCGCGAGUCUGAUAAAGAAUCACGAAAAUUCGUUUAAUGAAAUGAAAAAUUAUUACAAUGAUAUCACUCUGAAUAACUUAUCAUUAAUUAAGAGUAUGAAGGAACAAAUGGAAGUAAUGAGAAGCAAUGAGGAACGUAUGAAAAAACAAGUACGUGAAUUGACAGCGGAGAAUAAAAAAUAUUCGGCUGAUAUGAAAGCAUCGCAAGAAACGACUGCCGAACUUAAUCGUCAACUUGCAAAUUACGAAAAAGACAAACAAUGUUUAAUUAAUACAAAACGGAGAUUAUCUGUAGCAGUGAAAGAUCUAGAAAAUUUUAAAUGGGAAAAUGAAGUACUCGAAAUGCGUUUUGAAAAAUGUCAAUCCGAAAGAGACGAGUUACAUUCUAGAUUUGUUUCGGCUAUAUUUGAAUUACAACAGAAAACUGGUUUAAAGAAUGUGCUUUUAGAAAAAAAAUUAAAGAAGUUGUCAGAUUUACUGGAGCAACGUGAAGCGCAGAUCAGCGAAGUGUUAGCUACUGCUCAAUUGGAUCCUACAGCGGUGGUUAGUAUGAAUAAAAAAUUAGAGGAUAUGCUGAAUAGAAAAAAUACUGCAAUACAAGAUUUACAAUAUGAAUUGGCGAAAGUAUGUAAAGCGCACGAUGAUUUGUUAGCAGCUUAUGAGAGUAAAUUGCAAGAAUACGGAAUUCCCAAGACUGAAUUUAAAUUUCAUCCAUUGAGAAUGAAGAAAACUUGUGCGAAACUGGGUUUAGAUCCAAUUGGUCUCAUUACUGCAAGUCAUUAAUAUAUUUCAUAAAAUAUUUAUAUCUAAUGCAUUUAUAGAAAUUUUGUCUUUU